AUGUUCGUCGGGGGAAUAUCCCGCGAUACCAGUAAGCAAGCUCUUCUUGAAUACUUGAUUGGCGAGAUAAUAGACUUUACUAUUAAAACCCAUCCAGACGGUGUUGCCAGGGGGUUUGGAUUUGUGAUUUUUAAAGAUAGUGCCACCGUUGAAAAGGUGCUCCAAGUCAAAGAGCACAAACUGGAUGGCAAAACAGUCAAUCUUAAAAGGGCUAAAGCCAUAGAAUCGAAAUCUCUGCCAAGAAAAGUUUUUGUCAGGGGGUUGAAUCCUCGUAUGUCUGAAGAAAACAUCAGAAAGUAUUUUGGGGCAUUUGGUGUGAUUGAGAAUAUUGUGCUUCCAGUGUAUACAGGAACAAACAAAAGACGAGCUUUCUGUUUUAUCACAUAUACUGAUGAAAAACCAGUGAGAAAGGUGUUAGAUGCCAGGUACCAUCUGAUUGACUCUCGGUGGAGUGAAAUAAAAAUUGCACUCCCGAAAGAAUAUUUGAAGUCACAAUGCAGAAGAGGAAGAGAUGUUCCAUUUGCCAGGCUAGGCAACUACUGGGGAGGAAUAAGCUCCCAGGCAAACACAUAUCCUUCCGGAGCAAACCCAAAUGCUUCUGGCACAGACCCAAAUAUUUGUGGGGCAGUUGGAGGCGGCGGUGGCAGUAGCCUUUCUACUGUUUUUAUGCCUGUUCCCUUCUCAACCUGUAAUGAAGGGUUUAUUUUUUUCUGA